AUGGCCACCGCCGCCGUCCACCACCACCACCGGCUUCUCCAAAAACCUAUCUAUCUCGAGAUCACAAUCGUUUCCGCCAAACAUCUCAAGAAUGUCAACUGGAGAAACGGAAAUCUCAACCCGUACGUCAUCUUCUGGGUCGAUCCAAAUCGCCGCCUAGCCACCAAAUCGGACGAUUCCAAUUCCACCAAACCCGUUUGGAACGAACGCUUCGUCGUCCCUUUACCGUCAACCCCCUUCGCCGCCGUUCUUACCCUAGAAAUCUUCCAUGCCAAACCCUCCGACACGCCGAAACCAUUAGUAGGAACCCUCCGCGUUCCACUGGGGGACUUGCCUGAUCCUGAAAACUCGGACCGAAUUCGAACGUUCGAUGUCCGCCGCCCAUCUGGUCGUCUCAACGGUAAGAUCCGUCUGAAAAUUGCUCUCCGUGAACGGGCUCUACCCGAUUACCAAAACACCCAAAAGCCACCAUUUUAUUAUGCCUCACCGCCUCCACCCUCUUACGGUAGAUUGCCAUCAUCACCGUCUCCGUACGGUUCUUAUUCUUCUCUUCCGAAUCCACCUCCGGCACCAGCUGCCUCCCCUCUUUCCGCCGCCCGGCAGGCGCCUCCACCAUACCACAGCGUCUCGCAAUCGGAUCCGUAUUCUCUAUAUUAUCAGGGAGGAUGCUAUUCUCAGGCAGCUCCGUCCUCUUCUCCACGGCCAUCAAUUGACCGGCAGUUCAGCUACGCGAGUGUCAGCGGCGGGCCUAGCGCGCCGAUGGAUUAUGCUCAUUAUGAUCAAAAACCCAGAAAUGGAAAGAUGGGAUCAGGGUUGGGAUUGGCUUUUGGAACAAAUACUGGGGGAGUAGCAGGGCUUGCAAUUGAUGAAGGAUUGAGGUAUGAAGAUGGAAAGAUCGGAGAGAGAGUUGAAACCGACAUGGGUGUAAAGAAACCAGAUGAAUACGUCUAUUACCGCCGUGUGGAUUAUUGAUUCCGUUUUCGGGUAUGUAAUCUUGCUUACCCACAACAACGCAAAUGAUUCAACUGCUAUGUAGCUUUUCAUGUUUUGCUGUUGAAGUAAAUAUUGCUUUGUGUUUCUUAUGAACUGAUUUAAGUUGUAAUAAGUUAUGAAAUUUGUUGAUUCUUUCU